AAUCUUUUCCCUGGGAGACGAGACGGUACUCUGUUGGGUGUAGCUAGGGAGCGAGCGCUCUAUCUUCCAGCCCAAGUCUCCGCCUCUCUCCCUCUAGGGUUUCUCCUCUUCGUCACGCAAGCGCUCCAAAGAUGGAAGAGAAUCUCGAUGCUGCAAUAGAGACCCUUUUGAACGUGGAGAAGCAAAUGAGGCUUGCUGGUGAUGUUGCCGGAACCAAGAAAGCUGUUACUGACAUUGUGGAGCUUUGUUACAGAGCCCGUGCAUGGAAGACUCUGAAUGAUCAGAUAGUUCUUCUGUCAAAAAGGAGGGGCCAGCUUAAGCAGGCAGUCACUGCCAUGGUACAACAAGCUAUGCAGUAUAUUGAUGAGACACCUGAUAUUGAUACGCGCAUAGAAUUGAUCAAAACACUGAACAGUGUCUCUGCUGGAAAGAUAUAUGUUGAGAUAGAGCGGGCACGCUUGGUAAAAAAACUUGCAAAGAUUAAAGAAGAACAAGGCCUUGUUGCCGAGGCUGCUGAUUUAAUGCAAGAAAUUGCUGUGGAAACUUUUGGAGCAAUGGCAAAAACAGAGAAGAUAGCAUUCAUUCUCGAACAAGUUCGUCUGUGCUUAGAUCGCCAGGAUUAUGUACGCGCACAGAUUUUGUCAAGAAAAAUUAGUCCUCGGGUUUUUGAUGCAGUUGCUUCAAAGGAGAAGAAAAAGCCUAAGGAAGGUGAUAAUGUUGUUGAAGAGCCUCCUGCUGAUAUACCUUCCCUCUUAGAGUUGAAGCGCAUCUACUAUGAACUAAUGAUUCGUUAUCACUCUCACAACAAUGACUACCUGGAAAUUUGCCGUAGUUACAAAGCAAUAUAUGAUAUUCCAUCUGUGAAAGAGGACCCAGAACAGUGGAUUCCGGUGCUCAGGAAAAUUUGCUGGUAUUUGGUGUUGUCGCCACAUGACCCAAUGCAAUCCAGCCUUCUCAACUGUACCCUAGAAGAUAAAAAUCUUUCUGAAAUUCCUAAUUUCCGUCUGCUGUUAAAGCAGCUAGUUACCAUGGAGGUGAUACAGUGGACCGGUCUUUGGGAGAUGUAUAAGAAUGAGUUUGAGAAUGAGAAGACUAUGCUUGGAGGAUCUUUGGGUGCCAAGGCAGCAGAAGAUCUAAAACUGAGAGUCAUUGAACAUAAUAUUUUGGUAGUAUCAAGGUAUUAUUCAAGGAUUACCUUCAAGAGGCUUGCUAAUUUGUUGUGCCUGAGCUUACAGGUUAAUAAUUCAUGGUGCUUAUGGAUGAAAGAGUACGCAACAACGUCCGCAAUCUUGGUACCAAAUAUCAUCCCGGAAGGUGAGAAGCAUUUAUCGGAUAUGGUGGUGUCAAAAUCCCUGACUGCAAAGAUAGACAGGCCAAUGGGAAUUAUUUGCUUUCAGAGAGCCAAGGACAGCAAUGACAUCCUUAACUCUUGGGCGAUGAACUUGGAGAAGCUGCUUGACCUUGUCGAAAAAAGCUGCCACCAAAUACAUAAGGAAACCAUGGUUCACAAAGCUGUUCUGAAAGCUUAGUCACGUAUUUUACUAUGCCACAAUGAGAUUUUGUCUAGGACGGUGUGGAAUUCUUAAAGAGUUAUAAGAUGACAUGCCUCGGCUUCUAUUUUGCUUCCUCCCUGUCAAAUUUCUGUUUCAUUUUCUUUCAAGCACUCGAUAAUUCGUUCCAAGCUUUUUACAGGGAAGCGGCUGAGCACAUUCUUGUUAUACUGAUUAUAUUUGUAGUACUAAACCAUUUUGCAACAACCAUUAUAUGUUUUCCAGUGUCAAGUAUGGCAAUUUAUUAAAUGUACCAUAAAAUUUCUUUGAA